GACCAGGCGAGCGGCUAGCACCUUCCUCCCCUGCAUUCGACAGCGCCUACUCUCGAACAGGUACGGUGUGAAGAGGAUACCGUGGGAUGAUUUGCAGAUCGCGCCAUUCAAAGCGAGGCUCUCGUCGAUUAAUUAGUUGUCGUCACUCGUCUUGUAGCGGCUAGAACAGUGAAUAUAAAUCAUCAGUUCUCUUGCUCAGUUUGGAGGAAUAUGUGACAACUGAUGUGAAGUGGCUCAGUAUUUGAGAAGAAAUGCUGUCAAAUGCUGUGAGAAAUACCCACUGGUUUAUUGCCGCCAAGUUCUUGUAAAUGCUACUAAAGUUGUAGGCUCAGCAUUCUUUCUUAUGUGAUGCGUCACGCGUACUUCGUGGCGAGACUGCUGAACAGUAGCUAGGAAGCGAUCGGCAAGUGUUUCGGCGGUCCCGCCGGAGACAGGCAUGCCGGCCGCGUGCUGGCCACUGUGUGACGUCAGCUGGGUGACGGCCGCGCUGCUCGCCCUGGCCCUCGCGCUGCUGGUGGGCAACGCGCACGUGGCCCGCGGCUACUGGCGCCGGAUGGGCGUGGCGCAGGCCACCUCCCGGCUCUUCCUGGGGCACGCCAAGGACCUGCUGCUGGGCACCACACACCUCUGCGGCGUCAUGGACGAGGUGUACCGCCAGCUGGAAGGGCAGCCCUACGGGGGCUUCUACAUGGUGGGCAGGCCGUGCCUCAUGCUGCGAGACCCCGACCUCGUCUGGAAAGUGAAGCACGACUCCAGCCACUACUCCCUCAGGGGCGCCCGUAUAAAAGGCAAUGCUAUGGAUCCCAUUUGGGGGAACCUGUUGGAUGUUGAUGACCGCCACUGGCGCGAGGUCAUGGGACAUCUAACGAAGGCCUUCGUAACGGAGAAGACGCGGAAGGUGUCCUUCUUACUGGAAGAGUGCGGCCUACGCAUGCAGAACGCGCUGUCGCAGCGGAUAGAAGAUGUCGGCUGGAGAGACUUGGACCUGAUGUGCGUCUGCUCGCGGUUCGCCACCGAUGCCAUAGGCUGCUGCGCCUUCGGCAUCGAAUGCGGCGCCAUCGAUGACCCGCGCUCAAAGUUCCUCCAGUUGUCACACGAGGCUGUGUUUACCAACCGGUGGCAAAAUUUCGCAGACGUCAUGUCGCUAUGGCAGCCGCACAUCAUCAGCGUUCUGCGCCCGGACAUAUUGUCUCGUGAUACGUACGAGUUCUUCAGGGAUGUCGCUUUGGACAUUCUUCGCUACAGGCGAGACAACAAACUGUGCCGAGACGAUAUGAUGAAUGAGCUGCUGAAAGUGAGGCUAAAUGGUCUCAAGUCUGUUCAAAAUAUCAACACAGAGUUCUCGGACGACUCCCUGGUGGCGUACGUGUUCGCCACGUUCGGCUUCGCGCUGGAGAUGCUGGCCAGCACGCUGAGCUUCUGCCUGUACGAGCUGUCGCUGGACACCGAGGUCCAGACGCGCGCCCGCCAGCAGGUGGACGCGGCGCUGAGAGCACGCGGCGGCAGGCUCAGCUACGAGGCCGUCCAGGAGAUGACCUACCUCGACAAGGUGCUCAGCGAGACGCUGCGGCUGUACCCGGUGGUGGCCGGCGCGUACCUGGAGGAGUGCACUCAGACGCACCGCCUCAGCGGCCCUGGAGGCUCCAGCGUCGUGGUGGAGGCGGGCACCCACGUCGUUGCGCCGCUCUUCUCGCUCCAGAGGGACCCUCGACACUUCCCGGAGCCUCUACGGUUCAUUCCGGAGCGCUGGAGCCCGGAGAACAGCGCGGGGCGACACCCGGGCGUCUACAUGCCCUACGGAGCGGGCCAGCGUCGCUGCGUGGCUGAAAUCUUCUCGAAGACGACGAUGAAGUUCGGCCUCGCGUCGCUGCUCGCCCAGUUCGAACUGAGCCGGUGUUCUCGGACCCCGGAGCGCCCGGCGAGAGCUCACCCGCUGGCGCGGCUGCUGGUUCCAGCCGAACCUCUGCGCGUCCGAGUGUCGCGCCGCUCCUGGUUCACCUGCGACGAGUGAGUGCUGACUCGCCUGCUGACGUGUCUCCAGCAUCUCCGUGCACCACUCCUCUCCGGCACACGCACGCAGCACACCUGGAACUGACCUGUGGGAUCACAGGUGCUGACUCACCUACUGACACCUGCAGUACCUGUGUACACCACGUUUCACGGCGCACGGAGCACACCUGCGCUGAACUGCGAGGCCAAAACUGCUGACUUGGCUGCUGACAUAUACAUUACCAGUGUGCGCCACAUCUUUUGUUGCACAUGGCACUCCUGAAACUAUGGCGUGUCCACGUGGGCAUGACAUAUACAUUACCAGUGUGCGCCACAUCUUUUGUUGCACAUGGCACUCCUGAAACUAUGGCGUGUCCACGUGGGCAUGACAUAUACAUUACCAGUGUGCGCCACAUCUUUUGUUGCACCUGGCACUCCUGAAACUAUGGCGUGUCCACGUGGGCAUGACAUAUGCAUUACCAGUUCGCGCCACAUCUUUUGUUGCACCUGGCACUCCUGAAACUAUGGCGUGUCCACGUGGGCAUGACAUAUACAUUACCAGUGUGCGCCACGUCUUUUGUUGCACCUGGCACUCCUGAAACUAUGGCGUGUCCAUGUGGGCAUACUAUAUGAAACGUCCCCUUCGAAAAAUUAUUGAAUUACUGUGCUGGUAAACCUCUUACAUUAUUUGAUUUUCUAACAGCUGAGCAAAACUGAACGUUAGUCAGACAUUUCUCUCUUUACUUAUUCUGAUCAACACGAAACUGACAAACAAUAUUUUUAGCGCAACGCAAUCUGACUUUCAAUAAUCCCUGCAAAAGAAUGGCCCUGACUAACAAUAACCUAUGAAUCACUUACCUCACAAAAAUCUUCGUUACUCAAACUACUGCAAUACAGCGAGCGCCAAUACUGCCAAAUAAAUAAAAGAUAAAUAAAACUACUGAAGGCACUAACUACUGAUAGGCAUACUAAGAAAAUGAAAGAUUUCGAUAGAGAACAAACAAUGUACUUACCUUAAUAGUGUCCAAAAGUCAUAAUAUAUAUCAGUUCAUGACAUCCAGUCUUACAAAUUUACUCUCUCUGAUGGACACACGUCCAGAUCAUCCGCUCUCAAAACUCCGCCAUCUCACUCCCCACAUCCACCACUGCUGGCGGCUCACCUGCAACUGCGCAACGCUACGCGCUGUUAACAGCCAACUGCCCAACACUACAAUGGCGAAUAUUCCAACAAUGCCAACCAGCCACAGACUGCACACAGCACAGCCAGUGAUUUUCAUACAAAGCGCUAGGUGACGUUACCAACAUAAAAACCUAAACAGCCUAUUUACAAUACAUUACCAGCGUGCGCCACGUCUUUUGUUGCACCUGGCACUCCUGAAACUGUGGCGUGUGCACGUGGGCAAACUAUUUCUCCAAUUGGGGUUGUCAACUUAAACACUUUUGAGCCGUCAAUUUUUCAGCCUUAUUUUGUUUGGCAACCAGUUUCAGCGUUUUACUACGCCAUCUUCAAGUCCGUCACCGACGCGCAGGAAGAAUCUACCUCUGUUAUCAUCAAAUCAGAGGCCAGCAGUACUGGUAUUAGAAUAUAUCUACUUGCCACAGUGAACACUUCAAGCAUCACAUGCCGACAUCGCUUGUUCACUGUAGCAAGUAGAUAUCUGCUAAUACCAGUAUUGUUGGCCUCUCCUUUGAUCACAACCGAGGUAGAUUCUUCCUGCGCGUCGGUCAUGGGCCUGAAGAUAGCGAAGUAAAACGCUGAAACUUGUUUCCAAAUACAAUAAGGUUGAUAAUUGACGGCUGAAAGGUGUUUAAUUUGACAUCCGCUAUCGAACAGUCGAGUCCCACAACCAUCUCUAAAAAGACAGACAUACAGAGACAUUUCUCCACUGUGUCGUUUACUCGACCUCAAUGUCUACUUAGUUAACAACAAAAGAUUUCCAAUGGUAUUAGCAACGCUGAUGCUAUACAAGGUAUGUGAGAAAAGUAAUGAGACUGAUAUUUUGUCUACAGAAAUUUUUAUUUUUUUCUAACAACAAUAUUUUCCCCUUGGCAGCUAUACACCGGCGGAGUCGUUCCCAGUGUAGCUAGGAGCGCUGAAAAGCUUCAGCUGAUAGGACCUUUAACAUGUCGGUCAAAUUAGUCUGAAUGUUCUCCAGAGUACCAAAACGACGUACUUUUAAGACAUUUUUCAAUUUCGGGGAAAGAAAAAGUCACAAGGCCUCAGCCGCGCGAAAUUAACCGAGCGGUCUAGGGCGCUGCAGUCAUGCACUGUGCAGCUGGUCCCAGCGGAGGUUCGAGUCCUCCCUCGGGCAUUGAUGUGUGUGUUGGUCCUUAGGAUAAUUUGGGUUAAGUAGUGUGUAAACCUAGGGGCUGAUGACGUUAGCAGUUGAGUUCCAUAAGAUUUCACUUACAUUUGAACAUUUUUGAACAAGGGGGGCAACGGAACAACAGGAAUGCCUUUUGAGGUCAAAAUCUCCGUCAUGGAAUUGGCCGUGUGACAUGGGGCACCAACCACUUGCCUGCAACGUCGAGGCUCGCUCGAUUAACUCUUUUCCUGAGCCCUUCAAGGACCUCUUUUGUAAAACACUUGGUUAACAGUUUGUCCUGGAGGAAGAAAUUUCUUAUGCACGGCAUUCCCACCGUUAAAAAGGCAAAUCAACGUUGUUUUGAUCUUUUAUUUGCUGAUUCUAUCAUUUUUCCGGCGAGGAGAUAUCUCAGUGUACCUCUCCUCACUUUGCCAUUUCUCCUCAGUAUCGUCACGUGUGAUCACACCACUGAACCAUUCGUGGUCAUCGGAAGUACUCUCAAGAUCAAUACACACGUUUCUUAGACUGUCCUUCUGCUCAGUUGUGACGUUUUUCUGCACAGACCAUUCGCAUGAGAAAACCUUCGGUCAAAAUUUGAUGUACGGUGAAAGUGUUUAGUAGGUCACCCAUCGUCCUUAUUGUUAAACGUAAAUCUGAUUUUACAAGAGCACGCGCACGUUCGACGUUUUCGUCAGUUUUUGAAGUCGAAGGUCUUCCUGAGCAAGGUUUGUCUGCAACGUAUUCUCGGCCUUCCAAAACUGAUUUGUGCCUACGAAAAGCUUGUGCUCUUGAUGAGGAAUGUUCCCUAUAAGCCUGUUUCAACUUUUCAAACGUCACACUGGUGGAGUCACCAAGUAUAACACAAAACCUGGUGGCAUAAUGUUUCUCUAAAUUUCACUGUUUUAAUUCCGUAACCCACACAAAAACGUAAUUUCACUGACGGCACUUUAAAAAAUUAUGUGAUGGCUGUACUAAGCUGAUACGUAGGCUGAGCAUCUGGAAUGGGAUGAACACACCAGUCCAUAGAAGGAGAAGAACACAGCGUUGCCAGAUCGCUACCAGUCUUGCCUGUCUCAUUACUUUUCUGACGCACCUCGUAUGAUGACCAGGUCGGUCUUUCAGUGCUCUUAGCAGUUACCUAGUCUCCACUCCAGUUACCAGUACUAUCCUGCUAAGGCCCUGACUUCAUGAUAAUGUUGCAAACUGUUGCACUAAUACCGACUGGGUCUAUAUCACCGUAGCUUCUUCCGAAGAAAUAGAUUAUCCUAGUAGUCUCUUGUUUAACAGGAUUAGCGGGAAUUGGUAGCGUAACUGGAAUAAAUAAAUCUGCUCAUUACCUUAAGCAAUAACGUAUUCUUUGCUGUUCAAAACAUAGUUGUUGUCGUCCGUUGUUAAGAACAUGUAUCUAGUCAGACAUGAGAGCAAUUACGUAACUCCUGUCUCUGAGCUAGCGUUACGUCACUGUCAAAAAUUACGGCACCUGUUUACUUUACGUGCAGUUAUAGUCUUUCAAAGCUGAUCGCGAAUUUUAAUACUCCCUCCGAAACUCAAAGUCACUCCACCGAAAAUCUCCAGUCUUGAAGACAAUCCAGUUUCCUUCUUCUGAGCCUCACUCAGUUAAUGAUUCGGCUUCUGUUGAAUAACAUGAACUGGAUAAGAUGUAACACGAUGAGCGUCCAACACAAACGCUCUUGCAACAAAUAACCUCUCAGCACAUGUCUUAAAUUUCGUAACAACAUCUUAUUUUCAGUUUUUGUUCGUUCUUCAUAAUACAUUUGUAUCGUUAGUGUAAUAAAAGCAAUUCUGCG